UCACUGCUCCAGACGCCAUGAUGCUCUCCACUCCCGUUGCAAGCGCACAGCAUGCGCAGCAUCCGCAGCUUCACCGUGUGCGAUCGACUUGCAGCUCUGGAAACCGAAGGCGACGGUGGCAUCGGUGGCAUCGGUGGCAUCCCGUGUGGAUGGCCCUGGCGACGACGAAAUUGCUACGUUGCGCGGGAAAGAAGCGCCAGUGGGUUGCACCCACCAUCUCUGCCAACUUGGGAGGUGAAGAGAUCCAGAUCGCCCUGGGUGCAGUGGAGGUGCAACAGAGCACUGGCAGCCACUGCCGUGUGUUGUACGGUCAGGUCUUUCGCGAUGGAAAGUGGUGCCCUGUGAAACUGACGGAGACGGAGCCAGAUCUAUGGAUCGGUGGCCCGGAGGCUCCGGAGGCAGGUCCCUUGACCUUUUCCUUCGACGCCAUGAAGCGCAGCUCGCUGCAGCGCGAAGCUCCGGGCUGGCCGUCAGAGCUGGUGGAAGAUUUGAGCAGGUGGCCCCUGAAAGGACCUGGCACAGUUGUAUUUGACGCUCAUUUCUUUGUGCAACGUGGUGUUUCUGCCGUGCUUUCUUCGGGUUUUCCAGUGCUCUUUGUUGGAGCGGCGCAGCAGAUGGGAUUGGUGACGGAGGACUGGAUUCCUGGCAUCGCGAAGCACCUGACAAAUCGUUCCUUGUGCGAAGUCUUUGGCGGCACUUCCCUGGAGGAAAUGAUCCAAGACCUCCCUGAAGACCUUAAGAAGGGACAUUUCGACAUUGCUGGGGCCAUUGCUGGUGCAGACAGUGCAAACGAAGAGCACUGGUCGCGGGUAUAUACGGUGAAAAUCCAAAGUCCCGAGCGACUGACCAUCGAAAGCUGUUCCUGGACACUGGGCGCCAUGCUCCGUGAACCGGUCUCCGAAGUCGAUGCGGCCGUUGGGGAUGUCUUAUUGAAGAUCAAUGGCCGGGGGAUUCUUUGGCAAAGUUUCGAUGACAUCCAAGAGCUGUUGAUCGAUCUGCCUGGCACCGCGGAGAUCACCUUUGGUCGCCCCAAAGUCAUUCAGAAGAUUUAUCUCCGAGAAGCGGUGGCCUCCGCGGAAGCCCUGAGCCUGUUUUGCGAUGGCGUGGAUGGCGAUGGAAAGGUGUUGGUCUCCCAACUCGCCGCGCUGCUCUCCCGGGCCGGCCUUGUCUUCGCCGAAGAUCGGCCCGGACUCUUCGCAGGUGACGCGGGGACGGCGUCGCAUCUGCACGUGGAUCGCAAGCCGCUGCUGCAGUUCUGCCAUGGUUUGCACGGCUGCAAGUUCUUCUGCGUUGCACCGGGAAAGGCUCCAGGUCCGCAGGUGCCAUGGCAAAGCGGGGCCCAGUUAGAAGCGAAGUUACCAACAGAUGCGAAGCUGAGCACUGCAGCCGUUGAGUGGAUGCAGUCACCAGAGGUCUCCGUUUGCUGUUUACAUCCCGGAGAUCUCCUGCUAUUUCUGGGCCAAUCCUGUCAUGCCGGCUGCAACGGCGCUGCGCAGAUGUCUCUGUCGUUGUUUCAUGGCACCAUGCCGCUUUCCUACAUGUUGCAGGGUGCCUUUGGGGUCCCAUACCAACUCAUGGCGCGGAAACUGAUGAGCUGAAGUUGGACAUAGUUGGACGGUGAAAAAGGAUGAAAAAGGCGGAAGGAGCCGAUUCACAGUCAACGAUGCUGGCGCCAU